AUGGUGGCAAGCAUAAUCGUUGGUAGUUACAAUCAGAAUUCACAGGAGUAUCCGAGUGUUGAUGGGUACAGCGGUCAUAGUUGCAAGCAUUCCAUUGCUUGGAAAGCGGAUGGCUGGGUACGGUGGCUGGAGGGUUUGCGGGUGGCCGACAAUAAGCGCAUGCGGAGUAUGUGUAUGAUUUUGGAAGAGCGGAGGUUUACUAUCGGACGCUCCUCACCCUCCUCAUUGAACAUUGGCGACUAUGGAAAUCACAACGACGAUUGUGGCGAUGAUGUGGAUGGCGACGACGGUUGGCAACUCCUCUACAAGCCCCAAUGUACACGUUUCAAUUCCCGCGCGACGGCAUGUUCGUCUGAGCACGUGUGUGCUUCGAAAGACACCCACUAUGGUCCCAGGAAUCUGCCAAAGAGCUCUCGGAAGCGUAUGGAAGCAUCUGACUAA